AUGGCCACCAACCCAGAACCCUCACCCCCACCCCCACCCCUCUCCAUCGCCAUAAUAGGCGGCGGGAUAAUCGGCCUAAUGACAGCGCUGGGCCUGCUGCACCGCAACAUCACCAACAUCACAAUCUACGAGCGCGCCACCACCUUCCCCGACAUCGGCGCCGCAUUCGCCUUCACGGGCAUCGCGCGAGAAUGCAUGUCGCGCCUGGACCCUGCAAUCCUGGACUCCCUGUCGCAGGUCGCACAGCGCAGCCCGCACGAUAAAGUGCGGUACUGGGAUGGGUUCCACCCGGCGAGUAAAGAGGAGGCGCAGGAUGCGGAGAAAAGCGUGCUGUUUGAGAUUGAGGAGAGGAAUAUGGCGUACUGGGCUUGUUUGCGGGGUGUGUUUCAUGCGCGGCUUGCGGGGCUUUUGCCGGAGGGUGUGGUGAGGUUUGGGAAGAGGGUUGUUGGGUUUGAUGAUGAGGGGGAGACGGAGAAGGUGGUGCUGAGGUUUGAGGAUGGGGGGGUCGAGGAGGCGGAUCUUGUGAUCGCAUGCGACGGCGUGCACUCGACAGCGCGGAAGAUCCUCCUGGGCGCUGACCACCCCGCCGCAAACGCCACGUACUCGCGCAAAGCCGUCUACCGGGCUCUGGUGCCCAUGGACAAGGCGAUCGAGGCCCUGGGACACGAGAAGGCGCACGUGCAGAUCGCGCACUGCGGGCCGGAUGCGCAUAUCGUUUCGUUCCCGGUCAACAACGCCCAAAUCUACAACGUCUUCCUCUUCACGCACGACAAGCACGCCUGGAGCCACGGGCACACAAUGACAGUCCCCAGCUCCAAAGCCGAGAUCCUGUCCGCCAUCGAAAACUGGGGCCCGCAUAUCAAAGAGCUCGCGGGCCUCUUCCCCGACCAGGUAAGCAAGUACGCCAUCUUCGACCAGGCGGAGCACCCGCUGCCGUACUACGCGUUAGGCCGGGUGGCGCUGGCCGGGGACGCCGCGCACGCGUCGAGCCCGUUCCAUGGGGCCGGGGCGUGCAUGGGUGUUGAGGAUGCGCUGGUGCUUGUGGAGUUGCUGAGAGAGGUUCAAGGGCUUGGUGGGGAGGAGAGGAGGAGGGGGAUUCGGGCUGCGCUGGGGACGUAUAGCGAGGUGAGGAUUGGGCGGAGUCAGUGGCUUGUGCAGAGCUCGAGGGAGAUGGGGGACUUGUAUGAGUGGCGGUUUGAGGGGAUUGGGGGGGAUGGGGAGAAGUGUCGGGAUGAGUGGGAGAGGAGGAGUCGGGUGAUUUGGGAGUUUGAUGUUGAGGGGAUGGUGCGGCGGGCGAGGGGGGAGUUGGAGAGGGUAGUUGGUGUUUAG